GUGGGAUAUGUGGUGUUAUGCUUCAUUUAUUGAACGUCAAUAUACACUCCAAGUCUUCCUUUGAGGUUUGCCGACUGGUGCCAGCCCCUGCGGGGGUGAAGAGGAGGAGUCAUGGGGGCAGGAAGACAGGUCAAACUCCUAUUAUGGAAAAACUGGACCAUACGCAGGAGGCAGAGGGUGCGUUUUUUCAUGGAGAUCAUGUGGCCUGUGAUACUCUUCAUGGGACUAGUGUGGCUUAGAAGAGUGAAUCCAUUGUACCGCCAACAUGAAUGUCACUUCCCCAACAAGGCCAUGCCCUCUGCAGGGAUCUUACCAUGGAUCCAAGGGAUCUUCUGUAACGCCAACAACCCUUGUUUUCAGUACCCCACAAGAGGUGAAUCGCCAGGUCUGGUGUCCAACUACAACAACUCCAUUUUCGCUCAGUUCUACUCAGAUGCUCAGGAGCUUCUAUUCAACGACCCAGCCUUUCGGCAGCUUGGUUGCUACUGGAAAGAGCUGAACGCCAUGACUAACUUUGUGGACUCCCUACGAACCCAUCCUGAACGUUUCUCAGGUCGAGGAAUAAAGGUGGAGUCGAUCCUAAAAGAUGAUGAGAUGUUGACAGCGUUCCUGCUGAGAGACAUUCCUCUGACAGCUCCUGUGGUGAAUCAACUCAUCAAUGCCCAAAUAAGGCCUGAGCAGUUUGCCUUUGGGGUCCCGGACCUGCAUUUAAAGGAUAUCGCCUGCAGCCUGACCCUGCUGGAGCGAUUCCUCAUCUUCCCAAGCCGCCGGGGGCUCUACGCUGUUCGCAAUGCCAUGUGCAUCCUCCCUGCUCAACGGCUGCAGAUCAUUGAGGACAAGUUCUACGCCAAUGUCGACUUCUUCAAGCUCUUCCGGCUGCUUCCUCUCGGGCAGGACAAACAGUCUGAGGGCAUCGACAUCCGCAUGUUGGUCCAGGUCGUCUCUGCAGCCUCAGAAAAACUGAGAGAGUUGUACCAGAGGAACAGCUCCAGGGAGCUUCUUCAGGUGGUGACUCCACUCCUCCAGAACAAUCUGGCCUUCAAGCAGGUAAUGGCUGCUGCCUCUAGCCUCAUGUGUGGAUACUCUGAGGGUGCUUUCUCCAGAGUCACCUCCUUUAACUGGUACGAGGACAAUAACUACAAAGCGUUCCUUGGCAUCAGCGGUGGGAGGACACAGGACCAGUACACCUACGACAACAGCACCACUCCAUUCUGCAAUGAUCUGAUGAGAGAGCUGGAGUCAAACCCUGCCACCAGGAUCGUGUGGAACUCGGUGAAACCCAUGCUGAUGGGACAGAUCCUCUACGCCCCUGAUUCACCGGCUGCGAGGCAGAUCAUAAUAAAUGCAAACACCACCUUUGAAGAGCUGGAGCGUCUGAGGACGAUGGGGAAGGCCUGGGAGGAGGUGGCCCCUCAAAUCUGGUCUUUUUUCCAAGAUGGAGUUCAAGUCAAGAUGAUCCGGGACACAAUCCGCAACCCAUCAGUGAUGGAUUUUAUCGACCGGACCCUGAAAGAUGCUCCAUUCUCCUCCAAACACAUCCUUAACUUCCUGCAUAAUGGCUCACCAGAGGACCGUCCUCCUGAUCUUCCUGAUUUUGACUGGAGAGACCUCUUCAACCUCACAAACCGGGUCGUUCGGAUGCUGAACCAGUACGGGGACUGUGUGAACCUGAAUAAGUUUGUGCCUCUGCCUGAUGAGGACACCGUCAAUCUUCGGGCCUUAGACCUGCUGAAAGACUCAAAGUUCUUGGCAGGCCUCAUCUUUGUAAACAUGUACCCCUGGACCGCCACGGUUCCACCUCAUGUGAAGUUCAAGAUCAGGAUGGAUAUUGAUGCUGUGGAGCGGACCAAUAAGGUCAAAGACAGGUAUUGGGACCCCGGCCCCAGAGCUGAUACGAUGGAUGAUCUCCGCUAUGUUUGGGGCGGUUUUGCUUACCUGCAGGACAUCAUAGAGCACGGCAUCAUCAAGACUCACACUGGGAAGGAGUGGCCACUGGGGGUAUACCUGCAGCAGAUGCCCUACCCUUGUUAUGUGGAUGAUCUAUUCAUGCUGACGUUGAAUCGCUGUUUCCCCAUCUUCAUGGUGCUGGCCUGGGUCUACUCUGUGUCCAUGAUCGUAAAGAGUAUCGUCCUGGAGAAGGAGCUUCGCCUGAAGGAGACCAUGAAGGCCAUCGGGGUCACAAACGGUGUCAUCUGGUCCACCUGGUUCAUUGACAGCUUCCUGAUGAUGGGCACCAGCACGGCUCUCCUCACUGCUAUCAUCAUGGGUGGAAGAGUCCUGAACUACAGCAACCCUGUCAUCCUCUUCCUCUUUCUGCUGACCUUCACUACAGCUACCAUCAUGCAAUGCUUCCUCUUCAGCGUCUUCUUCAACCAGACCAACCUAGCAGCCGCGUGCUGCGGCAUUGUUUACUUCACCCUCUACCUGCCGCACAUCUUCUGCUUCGCCUGGCAGGAACACAUCACCAAAGACACGAAGAUCCUGGUGAGUCUGCUGUCCCAGGUGGCUUUUGGUUUUGGGACAGAGUACCUGUCCAGGUAUGAGGAGCAGGGUCUGGGUCUGCAGUGGGACAACAUUCAGACGAGUCCUCUGGAAGGGGACGAGUUCUCCUUCCUCACCUCCAUCUGUAUGAUGGGGCUGGACACUGUGCUGUAUGCGGUGCUGGCCUGGUACCUGGACAAUGUCUUCCCUGGACAAUACGGAAUCGGUCGACCAUUUUACUUCCCCUUGCUUCCAUGUUAUUGGAUCAACACUGUGGCUCCAAUUAAAGACAAGGAAAAAAAACAAGAAGAGAUCACAGACCAGGACCAAAAUGAGGAGGAAAAACAAGACCAGGAACAAGACCAAGACCAAGACCAGGAGGAGAAACAAGAGAUUGAGGAGGAGCAGGAGAAACUCAGGAAUCUGGAAAAGAACACCUCAUGUGAACACCUGAAGCAGCGUAAGAGGAUGGAGAGGGAGAACCAGGCUGAAGAGGAGCAGGAGAAAGACGGUCAGCAGUUCUUUGAAGCAGAGCCAGUUGAUCUCGUUAAAGGUGUCUGUAUCCAAGACCUAGUCAAAGUGUUCAGCGGCAGCCCAACACCUGCUGUGGAUGGCCUCAGCCUCAGCUUUUAUGAGAGUCAGAUUACUGCUUUCCUGGGCCACAAUGGAGCUGGGAAGACCACCACCAUGUCCAUCCUUACAGGUAUGUUCCCUCCCAGCUCUGGAACAGCCACCAUCUACGGAUACGACAUCCGCACGGAUAUGGACACCAUCCGUCUAUCUCUGGGAAUGUGUCCUCAACAUAACAUCCUUUUCCAGCAUAUGACUGUAGCGGAGCACAUCCUCUUCUACUCGCUGCUGAAAGGCCGUCCGCUAGCAGAGGCAGAGGAGGAGGUGGAGAACAUGCUGCAGGAUCUGGGUCUGCCUCACAAGAGAGAUGAACUGACCCAGAAUCUCUCAGGGGGCAUGCAGAGGAAGUUAUCAGUAGCCUUGGCGUUUGUUGGAGGGGCUAAAGUGGUGAUCCUAGAUGAGCCAACUUCAGGUGUGGACCCCUACUCCAGACGCUCCAUUUGGGACCUGCUGCUCAAAUACCGUGCAGGACGCACAGUAAUCAUGUCCACGCACCACAUGGACGAGGCCGAUCUGCUGAGCGACCGGGUGGCCAUCAUCUCCCAGGGCCGUCUCCACUGCUGCGGCUCCCCCAUCUUCCUCAAAAACUGCUUCGGAGCUGGCUUUUACCUCACCCUCGUACGGCGGAUAAAACAUGAGGCUCCAAAGGUCAGCUGUGACUGCACAAAGGAUUGUUCCUGUAAAUGUUCCAGAUGUUCAAAGUUUAAAGCCAAUCAGGAGAAGAAGGUGGACAGACAGCUGGAUGGUAACGUAGAGACCAUCACAGCCCUGAUCCAUCAUCACGUGCCGCAGGGUCGUCUCAUCGAGGAGAUCGGCCAAGAGCUGACCUACCUGUUGCCUAACAGAAACUUCCAGCCCCGAGCGUACGCCAGCCUGUUCAGGGAGCUGGAGGAAACUCUGGUGGACAUUGGCCUCAGCAGCUUUGGUGUGUCCGACACGUCUCUGGAGGAGAUCUUCCUAAAGGUCACUGCUGAUGGAAAUGCAACCAACAGGAAAUGUAUACAAGAGACAGAUGGGCUCAUGCAAACCAAUGGCCAGGGUCCAUGUGAUGUCCCAGGAGGCACUGAUGGAAGGGGGUCAUAUCAGGUCAAAGGUCUUCAUCUGACCAUCAAACAGUUCCUUGCUCUGCUGAUAAAGAGGAUGCAUCAUGCCACUCGCUCUUACAAAGACUUCUUCGCUCAGAUUGUGCUUCCAGCCAGUUUUGUUUUCCUGGCUCUCACAUUCACUCUGAUUGUCCCACCUUUCGGGGAGUAUCCAAGUCUGACUCUCAGUCCUUGGAUGUAUGGGAGACAGUACACCUUCUUCAGUAAUGAGCGUCCUUUGGAUGCUCAGAUGAGGUACUUUGCUGAGGUGUUGUUGGACAAACCCGGCUUUGGGACUCGCUGCAUGGCAGAGGAACCACUGGAAGAUUUUCCCUGUAACAACAUCACCACAGAAUGGGAGAUGGGGUUGGUUAACCCUGUCCUGAUUGAAAUGCUGGCUGGUCAAGAGUGGAACUGUCUCAGACCGUCUCCAGACUGUCAGUGCAGCACAUCCAAGAAACUCACCAUGCUCCCUGUGUGUCCUGAGGGGGCUGGAGGUCUGCCACCUCCACAGAGGAUCCAGUCUACAGGAGAUGUUCUCAUGGACCUUACAGGCAGAAACAUCUCAGAUUACCUAGUGAAGACCUAUCCCAGCCUCAUCAGAACCAGCUUGAAGAGCAAAUAUUGGGUGAAUGAACAAAGGUAUGGAGGUAUAUCAGUUGGAGGACAACUUCCUAUUUUAAACCUGCAACCAAAAACCAUCCGGGAUCUGGCUGCACAGCUGGGUCGACUGCUCAACAUUACUGGGGGCCAAAACUCCAGAAAAACUCUCAAGGACAUCGGCCUGUUUCUCAGAUACAUGGAGACUCAAAACAAUGUCAAGGUUUGGUACAACAAUAAAGGCUGGCAUGCCAUGGUUUCUUUCAUGAACGUUGCAAACAACGCCAUCCUCCGUUCUAACCUCCCCAAAGAUGCUAACCUGAACGAAUAUGGAAUCACUGCCAUCAACCAUCCUCUGAACCUCACCAAAGAACAGCUGUCUGAGAUCACUGUCCUCACCACCUCACUGGAUGCCGUGGUGGCCAUCUGCGUCAUAUUUGCUAUGUCCUUCAUCCCAGCAAGCUUCGUCCUGUAUUUAAUCCAGGAGAGGGUCACCCAGGCCAAACACCUUCAGUUUGUUAGUGGUGUCAGUCCACUGGUCUACUGGCUUGCCAAUUUUUUCUGGGACAUGUUGAAUUACUCCCUGAGUGCAGCCAUGGUGGUGGAAAUCUUCAUCUUCUUUGAUAAGAAGUGCUACACAUCCCGACGCAACCUCCAACCACUCAUUUCCCUGCUCAUGCUUUAUGGCUGGUCUGUGACUCCCAUGAUGUACCCCAUGUCCUUCAUAUUCAGCGUUCCCAGCACAGCUUACGUCUCUCUCUCGUGUAUCAACCUCUUCAUUGGCAUCAACAGCAGCGCCAUCACCUUCAUCCUGGACCUGUUUGAGGGCACCACUACUCUGUACAAGCUCAACCAGCUGUUAAAAACUGUGCUGCUCAUCUUCCCCCACUACUGCCUGGGCAGAGGUCUUAUUGACAUGGCUAUGAACCAGGCCAUGACUGAUGUCUACGCUCGCUUUGGUGAGGACUACAAUCCGGACCCCUAUGACUGGGACUUCAUUGGGAAGAACCUUUUCUGCAUGACUGUGCAGGGAUUUGUCUAUUUCAUUCUGAACCUCCUCCUCCAGUAUCGAUUCUUCCUGGAUCACUGGAUCUCAGAGUGCCCACAGUCUUUGAUUUUAGAUGAAGAUUUAGACGUGGCUCAGGAGAGAGAGCGGAUCUAUGAGAGUGGAAAAUCAAAUGACAUUUUACGCAUACGUGACCUGACUAAGACGUACCCGCGGAUGAUCAUCCCCGCUGUGGACCAGAUCUGUGUGGGAGUCUCAGCUGGAGAGUGCUUCGGUCUUCUGGGGGUAAACGGAGCAGGAAAAACCACAACCUUUAAGAUGCUGACUGGCGACAUAGACGUGACCUCAGGAGAGGCCUCGGUGGCUGGUCACAGCAUUUUGACCAGCAUCCUGGACGUCCAUCAGAAUAUGGGGUACUGUCCCCAGUUUGAUGCCAUCGAUGAGCUGCUGACAGGAAGAGAACAUCUGCAUCUCUAUGCACGACUCAGAGGAGUCCCAGAGUACGAGAUCACCAGGGUUGCAGAGUGGGCCAUCAAGAAACUGGGUCUGUCUGAGUACGCAGGUCAGAGUGCUGGGACGUACAGCGGAGGAAACAAGAGGAAACUGUCCACAGCCAUCGCCAUGAUCGGCUGUCCCGCUCUGGUGCUGCUGGAUGAGCCAACCACAGGGAUGGACCCUCUGUCCAGACGCUUCCUAUGGAACUCCAUAAUGAGUGUCAUCCAGGACAGACGGGCUGUGGUCCUCACCUCACACAGUAUGGAGGAAUGUGAGGCGCUGUGUACCCGUUUAGCUAUCAUGGUGAACGGAUCCUUUAAAUGUUUGGGGACCAUUCAGCAUCUCAAAUACAAGUUUGGUGACGGCUACGUCGUGACCAUGAAGAUCAGGUCGGCCAAACCCGGUUUCCCCCCAGACCUGAACCCCACAGAGGCGUUCAUGGAGAGCACGUUCCCCGGCUGCAUCCAGAGAGAGAAACACUACAACACGCUGCAGUACAAGAUCUCCUCCUCCUCUCUGGCUAAGAUCUUUCAGAUGGUCCUGGCUAACAAAGACAAGCUCAAAAUAGAGGACUACUCUGUGUCACAGACCACUUUAGACCAGGUUUUUGUGAAUUUCGCCAAGCAACAGUCAAGAGAGGAUGAUACCAUUGUGCUGCAUCCAAAAGCUGCUGGAGCUCAGCGACAUGUUGAACACAUUCCACUUAAAUCUGUGGAGAAGUGAACGUUACUGAAGAGCACUUUAUGGGAAAGACCGCAUGUGGUUUCUGCAGAUUUCAAAGACUGCCACCUGCUGUCAUGUGCAUACGUCAGGACUGAAGCGUGGUGGCAAAACUUGAAUCACAGAAUAAGACAGAGCAGAAGUAACUCGAGCUGUUCUGGGACAUUAAAAACACAAAGAUGAUCUACAGAAGAAGACUAUGCAGCCCUUUCUGAUCAGUUUUGUGGUGCUUUGCCUUGACAGUCCAUGAAGGAGGCAGCCGCUUUGAGACUGUUAUUUGUCAUGCGGCAGUACGGCACAUACUCUGCUGUUCUUUUCAAGUAAGCUGUGUUUGAGGGCUUUUAAUGGAAAGAUUGUGAAGUAAUAAUGUGCCUUUUAUUUUCUAUGUUCUGCUCACCUUGUAGGCCUUACGUAAAAAUGAAACUAAGCAUAGGAGUUAAGACUUUAUGAAAAGUUUGUUAUAAUAACGCAAAGACGCGAUAGGUCCUGUGUAUUUUUGCUUCAGAUGCCAAGCAAGAUAAAUUUCAUUGCCUUUUUUUUUAGAUAUUUGAAGAGAAGCAGUCUUAGCACUUUAUUGAUGUCAUUAAUGCAUGUGAGUUUUAUUAAGAUCGAACAAAAAAAUCUGCUAGUGCAAUACAGUAAUUCUUUUUUCUUUUUAAACUUUGCUGCUGCAAUGUCAUUUGAUAUUUUCAUGCCAACGUCUUGUUCCAUCUUUGCUUUUUAUCAUUUUCAUGUGUGACUUGUUUUCAUCUCACCAGCAUCUGGUGUCAGUAGAGGAUGUUGGCACACUGUCACUGAGAUUCUGAGAGCAUCAUGUUGAUUAAAGUCACAUUUAUCUUCAA